ACCGCCUGCCGCGCUGGGACACCCGCCCGCCCCUCUGUGGGAGUCCGGGCGGGCGGCAUGGCGGCGAGCGGGCAGCUCUGCGGCUCCCGGGAGGGCUCCGCUGGGCUCUGGGACUGGAACCAGACAUGGUAUACAAACACCCCACGAUUUACCUGGUGCUUUGAGAAUACAGUCAUUGCUUGGAUCCCUUGUGCCUAUCUUUGGAUAUGUUUUCCUUUCUACUACUUGUAUCUUCGACACAAAAAUAAAGGCUAUAUCAGGAUGUCCUACAUCUUCAAAACCAAAAUGGUCCUUGGAUUCAUCCUGGUAAUACUGUGUUUUUCUAAAGUCUUCUUUGUACUAUGGGAAAUAAGCCAAGGAAUCUCACGGGAUCCAGCAUUCUUCAUUAGUCCUGCUGUGGUGGGAAUCACAAUGAUCCUUGCCAUAUUCCUUACCCAUGCAGAAAGAAUGAUGGGUAUCCAGUCUUCAGGCAUCCUGUUGAUUUACUGGCUGCUGUCAUUUGUGGCUGCAGUUGUGAUGUUUAGUUCCAAAGUCCAACAUGCCCUGGAAAGAGGCUUCAUGAAAGACCAUUUUCACUACGUUACAACUUACCUUCAUACUAGCCUGGUGCUGGGAGAACUUGUGUUAUUUUGCUUAGUUGAUCAGCCUCCCUUCUUCUCUAAAGGUGUCACCAAUCCUAAUCAGUGUCCAGAAGCCAGCACUUCUUUUCUUUCCAAAAUCACAUACUGGUGGUUCUCUGGGCUUCUCUGGAGAGGCUGUCAGCAGCCCUUGGGAGUGGAUGACUUGUGGCCAGUGAGGAAAGAGGACUCCUCUGAAGAAAUUGUUGCCUGGGCUGAGAGAGAGUGGAAGAAGUGUCACAGUGGCACUCAGCAAAAAGUGGAAUCUGCUACAUUUAAAAAGAGUCAGAAGAGUGAAACUGGCAAAGCAGAAGCUGAAGAGACAGAGGUUCUACUGCAGUCAGAGCACAGUCAGAGCAGGCCCUUAAUGAAAGUGUUUUGGAGCAUGUUUGGGACCUAUUUCCUUCUCAGCACUGUCUGCUUAAUUAUCUGUGAUAUCUUCUUGUUCUCCAUCCCAAAGUUACUGAGUCUUUUCCUGGAGUUCAUUGAAGAUCAAGAAGUACCCAGCUGGCAUGGUUAUUUCUAUGCCUUCACUAUGUUCCUUUUGGCUUGUCUCCAGACCCUGUUUGAACAACGUUAUAUGUACAUGUGUGUUGUUUUGGGCUUGAGACUGAAAACUGCAGUAACAGGCCUUGUGUACAGGAAGAUCCUAGUUAUGUCAAAUGCAUCAAGGAAAGCAGCAACAGUGGGUGAAAUAAUUAAUUUGGUAUCUGUUGAUGUCCAGAAGCUAAUGGACCUGAUUAUCUACUUUAAUGGGAUCUGGCUUGCUCCCAUUCGAAUUAUUAUCUGCUUUGUCUUCUUGUGGCAGCUUCUGGGGCCAUCUGCCUUGACUUCAAUUGCUGUAUUCCUUUUUCUUUUGCCUCUGAAUUUUGUGAUCACUAAGAAGAGGAGUCAAUUUCAGGAGGCCCAAAUGAAACAUAAAGAUGAGCGGGCUAAACUCACCAGUGCCAUUCUGAGUGACAUUAAAGUCAUCAAACUGCAUGGCUGGGAGAAAAUCUUCAUGGAGAAAGUGCUUGGUAUCCGGAAUGAAGAACUCCAAGCCCUAAAAAGAUCUCAGAUUCUCUUCUCAGCAUCUUUAGUCUCUUUCCAUUCAUCAACUUUCCUGAUUGCAUUUGUCAUGUUUGCUGUCUACACCCUGGUGGAUGACACUCACAUCCUGGAUGCUCAGAAGGCCUUUGUAUCUUUCACACUGAUCAACAUUCUCAACACUGCACACUCCUUCCUGCCCUUCUCCAUAAAUGCUGCUGUCCAGGCCAAAGUUUCUUUAAACCGCUUAGCAGCUUUUCUGAGCCUGGAAGAACUGACUCCUGAGACCUCAAGCAGAGACUCUUCUGACUGUGUACAGGCAAGUAUCACCAUAAGAACUGGGACUUUUCGCUGGAGCAAAGAAACUCCUCCUUGUCUCAGAAGGAUUGAUCUUACUGUGCCCCAAGGCUCUUUGCUUGCUGUAGUUGGCCAGGUAGGUGCUGGAAAGUCCUCCUUGCUGUCAGCAUUACUUGGGGAACUGGAGAAGACAGAUGGCUGUGUGACCAUGAAGGGCACUGCAGCUUAUGUCCCUCAGCAAGCUUGGAUACAAAAUGCUUCAGUGGAAGAUAAUAUUCUCUUUGGGAAAGAGAUGGAUGAAACAUGGUUCAAUAGAGUGACAGAUGCUUGUGCACUGCAACCUGAUUUGGAGAGCUUCCCUGCAGGGCAAAAGAGUGAAAUAGGAGAGAAGGGAAUAAACAUAUCUGGAGGGCAGAAGCAAAGAGUCAGCCUUGCUCGUGCUGUGUACCAGAAGGCCUCCAUUUACCUGUUGGAUGAUCCCCUCUCAGCUGUUGAUGCCCAUGUUGCUCAGCACAUAUUUGAACAUGUUCUUGGACCCAAUGGCUUGCUGAAGGACAAGACUCGUGUGCUGGUGACUCACAGGACCAACAUUUUGCCUCAAGUGGACAACAUUGUUUUUCUGGUGGAUGGAAUGAUCUCAGAAAUUGGUUCCUACCAAGAACUUCUACAGAGAAAUGGAGCCUUUGCAGAUUUUCUUCAUUCACACAUUACUGCAGAGGAGAAGGCAGGUGCCAGUACUGUUCCAGCUCUAGAAAACACCAAAGGCAUCCUCACCUCUAGAAAUGGUCCCUCACAGGAGAAGCUCUUAAGUGACAGUUCAGUCAAAUCUUCUGCUAUGGAAAAGGAGAACAUUCCACUAAGUCAAGACUCUACUACUGCUGCAGCCACCAAAGGAAGAUUAACCAAGGGAGAGAAAACUCACUAUGGCAGGGUUAACACUUCAAUUUAUGCAGCCUACCUGAAGUCACUGGGCUUACCACUGUGUGUGUACAUCAUUCUGAUGUUCACCUGUCAGCAAGCUGUAUCAUUUUCUCGUGGUUACUGGCUCAGCAUGUGGACAGAUGAUCCUGUUCACAAUGGGACACAACAUCAUACAGAGCUGAGAGUUGGAGUCUUUGGUGCACUAGGAGUCAUUCAAGCCCUGGGCAGAUUUGCCUCCACAGCAGCAGUCCUCCUAGGUGGUGUGAUAGCAUCACACAAGCUGUUUCUGCAGUUACUGAAGGAUGUUGUCAGAUCCCCUACAGUCUUCUUUGAGCAAACUCCCAUUGGAAACUUGCUGAACCGUUUCUCCAAAGAAAUAGAUGCUGUUGAUUCUGUCAUCCCUGACAAGCUGAAGUCCUUGCUGGGAUUCUUUUUCAACUUGCUGGAGAUCUACAUUGUGAUUAUAGUGGCUACGCCAAGGGCAGCAAUAGCCAUAGUGCCUUUGACUCUUCUUUAUGCUGCAUUCCAGCACUUCUAUGUCACCACCUCCUGCCAGCUGAGACGCAUGGAGACAGCUUGCAGGUCACCCAUCUAUUCCCACAUUUCAGAAACUUUCCAAGGGAGCAGUGUGAUCCGUGCUUACAAGGAGCAGGAGAGGUUUACUUUGAAGAGCAAUUUUCUAGUGGAUGAGAAUCAGCGAAUAUGCUUCCCUGGAGCAGUUGCUGACAGGUGGCUUGCUACAAACCUGGAGUUUCUGGGCAAUGGCCUUGUGUUGUUUGCAGCACUGUUUGCAACAAUGAGCAGAACACAUCUUAGUCCAGGAACUGCUGGCUUCUCAAUUUCAUAUGCUCUUCAGGUAACUGGUGUUCUCAACUGGUUGGUCCGCUCCUGGACAGAAAUAGAGAACAACAUUGUUUCUGUGGAGAGAGUGAGAGAAUACUUGCAGACUCCUAAGGAGGCACCCUGGAGACUGAAUGGCAAACCUCAGGGUCAAGUUUGGCUCACUGAAGGAAGAGUGGAGUUCAGAAACUACAGUUUGAGGUACAGGCCAGGCCUGGAGUUAGCCCUGAGGCACCUCAGCUUCACCAUCCACGGGCAGGAGAAGAUUGGGAUAACUGGAAGAACAGGUGCUGGGAAAUCUACUCUUGCUGUGGGUUUGCUGCGAUUAGUGGAAGCUGCAGAAGGAGCAAUCUUAAUUGAUGGACAAGAUAUUGCUCAGCUAGGUCUCCAUGACCUUAGAACCAAGAUAACUGUCAUUCCCCAGGAUCCAGUUUUGUUUUCUGGCUCUCUACGAAUGAAUCUGGACCCAUUAAACCAAUACACUGAUGCAGACAUAUGGACAGCUUUGGAACUGACUCAGCUCAAGAGCUUUGUUGCAGAUUUGCCAGAUCAGUUGGAAUAUAAGUGCACUGACCAAGGGGAAAACCUAAGCACUGGUCAGAAACAGCUGCUUUGCCUGGCCAGAGCACUUCUUCGGAAAGCCAAAAUCCUGAUUCUAGAUGAGGCCACAGCAGCAGUAGAUUUAGAAACUGAUCUUCAGAUUCAGUCCACCCUGAGGACUCAGUUCAAAGACAGCACUGUGUUAACAAUAGCUCACCGGAUAAACACCAUCAUGGACUGUGACAGGAUUUUAGUCUUGGAAAAUGGUCGGAUAGCUGAAUUUGAUACUCCGGAACACUUAGUGGCUCAGAAGGGAUUGUUCUACAGACUGGUGGAAGAAUCAGGCCUGGCAUAAUUUGCUCAUGGAGUGUACCAUAAUGUCACCACUGUCAGGAAUAAUUGAUCUCGUAAUUGAGUUGUUGUCUUGGUUUUACUCUAAAAUGCCUGACACUCAACCAAUUCCUGUUUGAGCUAUAACAGCAGUGAGGAGGUGAAAAGGGAUUACUUAGGAUCUAGAAAACUUGGCAAUUCCAUUUUCAUUAUGUUUCCAGAUACUGAAACCUCACUCUUCUGUUGAAAAGGAGCAACUUGUAACUUAGUGCCUUGUUGCUUUUAAGACAAAAAAAGCAAACAAGCCAAAAGAAAAAGUUAUGCUUUAAAUGGAGCCCAAAUAUACUACCACACUUAAAGAUUAUCCAGAUUAUUUUUAAAAGCCAACAAGAUCUUAUCACAGCAAGAAUUAAACUGGUAGCAAGCAAACUCAACUGUUGACAGCUUAAGGACUGCUCACCCGAGUGCUGUUCAGAUGUGGACUCCAAGGAGCAUCUGGAUCUGGUUACCCAAAGUGCACAAACACUGGGCAGGCAGGAAAAAAGAAGAGGGAUGUCACUAGGCACAAGAGCAUUCGUCUGCCUCUUGUCAGAUAGGGAUCAGAUGCACUCAUCUCUUCCCAUGUCAGCUUUGCAAGGGCCCCAAAUCAAUGGUGCUAUGCAGCAGAGCAUUGUUCCUUCUGCUUGAAGCAGCCCUGCUGCCAGAUGCUGGUUGGUCACAGCAGAGCACAUCCAAGCACUGACACCAACAUUUCCAAAUUGAAUUUGGAGACAAGGAAUUUGCAUGGUGGAAAGUGUCCUCCUCUGAUCCCUGCAGUACAGUAGCCUGGCAGAUGGAGAAAGCAGCAGGGACUCAUCUGUCAACUUGGUGGUUAAUUCCUGGACUUCUUCUUGAGUGUAAGUUUACCUUCUACAUGUGCCACCCUACCACCAUGGAGCCUCUGGCACGGUCACCUCUCAGAUGUUGUUUUAACAAACCAGAAUGGCAGCUGAAAGCAAAACCUUCCUGGGCUUCCCACAGCACCAAGGAGCUGUGGUCAGAACUGUCCUCAUGUCUCUCCUCAGGAAUCACAUUAAGACUGUGACAAAUCACACUGUGAGAUACUGCUGGUUACUGUGCCUUUGGUUAAAGCACUUCUAUUUCUAGAAAGCUGAAAUAAAAAUAAAA